AUGGACCCCACACCGCGGAGGGUGACGGUGCUUAUCAUGUCAAUCUCUCACGUUUGGGAGAGCAUGGAGCAUCCAAACCCACAUGGGUUUCAGCUCCACGAGAUCGUCCAAAAGUGCCCCCCAGUCACCUCCACUUGUGCAGUUUGGAUCUUCUAUGACUUUAGCUCGCUUUAUCAGUACGGUGGCCGAACUGAACCACAGGAAAGGUACUUCAGAGAAGCUUUGGCACACAUGCACACCCUCUACGCCCACGAGGCAAUCAAGGUCCACAUAGUGGAAGAGCUCACUCCUGAGACAUGGAAGCGUCCAGGAACUGUCAAUGCCUUCUCUGAGAAGGCAGGGCGUGUGAUUCCUAUGCCAAUUGACCAACUCACGGUGAAUAUGACACCUUACUUGCUCCGAGGAUGGUGUCAAGCCGAACGGCAAUGGUCAAGCCUGCGGAUGUCAUUAGACAACUGCGUUCCAAUGCCACCGGACCUAUUCCGCCACAAGAUGGAGGAACAAGGUCUCCGUUUCACCCACCAUGAUGACAAAGAAGUUGUGAUGAAGCUGCAAGCUCAGGUCUUUGCAGAGAAGGUCUUGACCACCCGGCAGUUGAUGGCAGAGCGGUUGGACGCAGAUGCUCUUGACGUUCUUUGUGCAGCUUUGCCGUUCUAUGCAGAUCUAGAUGAGGUCGUAGUCACCGGCAACUUAUUGCCAUUGAAUGCAGCUGUGGCAGUGGCUAAGACGAAUGCACGAUCCUACCAAAUGGAGUCCUGUGGACUCGGAGAUGAAGAUGUGGAACACAUCGCUGCAAUAUUACUACGUUGCAACAAGGUCGAGGAGCUGAGACUAGCACGUAACAAUAUAGGCAAGAGAGGGCUUCAAGCCUUGGGAGACUUGAGGAAAGCAAAACCGAACCUCUACAUCGAUGUCCUAGCCGACGAAGCAAAUGGCUCCGAGACCUGACAUGAAAGACAACACACAGGGCGGCAUUUUGCCAGAUCGAUGUCACGGCUGUGGAGCAAGAUGAAGACAGUUCUUGCCUAAGCAAGCUGGCGACAUCCUUUUUGGAAGCAACCUUGCAAAUUGAAAGUUUGUGCAUGCGCAUGCGACUGCUUGGAUGAGGCUCAGUUCGAGUGCCAGCAAUUGAGGUUCUGAAAUGUCAUCAAGCAGGAUUGAAUUUUGAAUUCGUGUCACCGAAUGACACACCGAACAAGAGGAUUCAAGUGUCGCCCAAGUGAACAGGUGCUUCCUGUCGAGAGAGGG